AUGGCUGCCCUGUGCUCAUCACCCCCUUCCGCAGGUCGAUUGCAUGCAGGAUGCAAGACUUCUCCACUGGCCUCAUUCGUCCUGAGGGAAAGUGGACUUGGCAGUGAUUCUUACCGGAAAGCCCAUGAGAUCGUCAACCAUGUGAGAAAGGAAUUUGAGUUUCAAGGCUGCCAACUUCAGGGGCCAGCUGCUGAUCUACUGAAAGCUGGAGCUUCGGGACGCCAUCUGAACAAUGUCAAACGUGACUGGUUCCGAAAGAUGGGGGAUAUGAAUUAUGAUCACCGAGCUCCAAUCCAAUGGGUCAAUGUUCCCCUGUGGGAUUAUGGAGAAGAUGGAUGGGAUGAUAGCCCCCAGCUUCUUGGAAUCCGAAGAUUAACAUAUGUUCAUUAUUUGGUUUAUUUCCUUUGA